GAUGGUAGGCAAACAAACUAAAACAACAGAGGUUCCAAAGAAAACAAACAUGACACUCUUGCACUCUUGUGGUGUAGGACAAUGCGGAUAUACAAACUAGUAAUGUCUUGACUAAUGCAAAAUGAUUCCAGCAUACAUUAUUUCCAGCGUGGGGAUGAAUAACAGCGGAGGACUUCCAGGCCCAUAAUUCCUUGCAACUUUGCUUGCGGUUCAUUCAAACAUGGAGGAACAUGAGCGAAAGUUGAGGAAUAGUAAAGAACGUGAACUUGGUGGUUCGGCUGAGAGGGUCGAGGUGGACCGGAGCGCGAGCAGGGAGACAGGAGAGGGACAGAGAGAGAGAGGAGAUGGCGCGCGAGAGGGAGAACCCCAAGAGCUGCUGGACUCCAGAUUGGACGUUAGCUCGGAUCAGUUUGACCCAAUGCUGGCGCUGUACUCAACAGACGUACCGUUGCCUUUCCCGAACAUCCGGUGUUUUAAUAACGUGGCCGAGUAUGAGAGCUUCUUGAAGGGCGGCCGUGGGCGCGCGAAGCCCGAGAACGUGGAGAAAAAACAGCGCAAGGCUCAGAAAGGCGUACCAGACCCGGAGAGGAUCGCGCGGCUCAAAGAGUUGAUGGUGAAGAACCCGGUUUGUGAGGACGCGGAAGAGGGCACGAGCGGGCCUCGGAGGCCUAUGCGUCGACAGAAAGCUCCAAAGAAUGUGCUUACAAGGAUGCCACUGCUGGCUGGUAGUCCUCUAGGUUCGCUGAACCAGUGUGUACAGGAACACCUCCGCGUUAAGGUUCAUGUGCGCAGCUUCAAAGGUCUGCGCGGUGUAUGUGCUGGAUUCGUCGUCGCCUUUGACAAGUUCUGGAACCUGGCUAUGGUGGAUGUAGAUGAGACAUACAGGGAGCCACUGCUUGGAGAAGCAUUCUACCACGAGAAAGCCCUCACUGUCACAAGGCUGUUUGAGAAGUUAAAACUGCAGGAGGAAAAGAUUGGCCACGCCCCCCACACACACCCCGUGCCGGCUGCAGAUGGCCAAGCCCCCCCUGAGGCCCAGGCAAAGGAGGGUGGAGCCAAGUAUGGGCGCGUUCGCACACGACACGUCAAUCAGCUGUUCAUCCGUGGAGAAAACGUACUGCUGAUCAACAUCCCCAAGACGUGACCGUGUGUGUGUGUGUGUGUGUGUGUGUGUGUGUGUGUGUGUGUGAGUGUGUGUGUGUGUGUGUGUGAGUGUGUGUGAGUGUGUGAGAGUGAAAGAGUGUGUCUGUGUGGGGUGGGGUGGGGUGAGGAUGUCCUACUAAUAAACAAAAAUGUGACCCUGAACUCGGUGCACACACAUAAAACUGUGUGUGUAAGCAUUUCUCUGAUUGCAUGUCUGAUUGUGUGUGUGUGUGAGA